UCGUCCAUUCCGCUUCCUUUGCUCACCUUCCCACCCGUCACCCGCCUUUUCUCUCUCCCCUCUCGCAGCUCACCCAAUCUUUUGCGGCCCCCCGAGCAUGGAUUGCGUGGAACAUGUCCUAGAACAGCUUACAAUCCUAUUUUAGCACGUCGUUAUUCCAAUCCAACGCACCAACUACCCACCACCGCGCUGCCGCAGUUCUCUGCCGUCUCCCGUCGCGCAGACCCUCCAAAAUCGACUCUCCCGACCGACUCCAACAAUCCCAAUCACAGGCGUCAUCGCCGCCAUGAAGUCUGCAAAGCCCAUCAUGGCCGAUUCGUCAUCGCAAAGACGGGCACAGCCUGUUCGACAGACCAGAACCAACCCUCCUCGCGCCUCUCUCCUCGCUGGCCGCCCGAGCGGCUCUGCCGAUGACCUCUUUUCUCGACCACCAGGCGAUCAACCCAUCGACAUCUUCCCAGCUAUAACACACUUUGCCGAUACUGUCACGGCCUUACCGCGAGAGCUCGUCCGCCACUUUACACUUCUCAAGGAGGUAGAUGCCAAAAUCUUCACUCCUCAGGAACAGCUUUUCAAACUCGUCUCGGCUGCCACCAGCGGCGAGUUCCCAGAGUCGCGACCAGCCCCAGAUGCAACGAGCAAUGCUGCCCCGACCUCGGCACCAAUGAGUGCCCAGGGCAGUUCACAUAGCCACGCGCCAAAUGGUACUCCCUUACCCGGUCCCCCGGACGAUUCGACAGCUGCCUUGGGUGUCUUCGACCCUUCCAACAUCCCUAAGAGGCAGCUCUACAGACAAAUUGCUUUCAAAAUCCAGGAAAUGCUGGUUUCUCUGGAGGAAAAAAACCAUGUCAUCUCUACAGCCAACGAUGCCCUACAGCGGCAGUUGGCGCGUGUCAAUGAUGUGUGGCCGUACCUGGAGAACGAAUUCAGCGACGAAGCCAAAUGGGGCAGUACCACACAUUGGGCGUAUCCUGAAAAUAGAAGCGGCCGAUCUCAGCCGGAGAAGUUGAGGCGCGACGGUGCCGCUGCCAUUUCAGCAGCAGCUCAAGCCCUCGCCGACGAGGCUGCUGCGCGAAGCGAUGCCAGGAAGCAGGCGCUUCAGGCCAAACGAAGCAUGAAGAACAACCAGUUAGAAUCAGACAUGGAUGAUCUUGACAAGCCGAAAAAAUCUAGCAAGGCCAGACGCGCAACUGAUAACGAUAGUGUGGGUUUGGGCAUCAGCGGUGCCGCCAACGGUAACCCCCAAAAACGACGCAAAACAGAAAAGGGUAUCAAUGGAGGUGUUGCAAUGGAGCGCUCUAUUAGCAGUGCCCUCAGCGCAGCAUCGAAAGCCAAGACUGGAAGCCCGCGGGGGACACCAGCCCCCGACGGAGCAAAGAAGCGCAAAGCUCUACCUACGGGCGGAGCACAGACAAAGAAGAAGAACGGCUUACCAACGAAAACGCCGUCUGCCGUUUCUUCUCCAGUGCUCGGCUUGCACCCCGAUCCUAAAGCUCGUGGCUCUCCAGUCAUGACAAGUGCGCCUCGCCCUACGACCUCUCGAGCACGACAAAACUCUAUAUCCGAGCAUGGCAAACAGCGUCCGCUGUCUUCUGCUUCUAAUCAGGUCAAUGGCAAUGCAGCCGUUGCCUCGGACGAAGCUAGUACAAAUGGCGCUAGCCGAGCUGAUGCAGUGGCAAAGGAUAGUGCUGCGUCAACGAAGUCCGAAUCUGUCAAGGGCGAAAAUGAGGCCACUGAAACUGCCCCAGUCUAUCAGCCAUCAAGUAGAAGGGAGAGUAGAACCGAGGACGUAGUCCCUAAGGUUGAAACCGCCGUUCAACCUCCGAUACCUCCGACUGUUACAACCAAGAGCGGACGAGCGAGUAAACCGUCUACCCCAGCAAUUGCAACAUUUCAGGAAGCUGCAUUGGCUCGAUCGACAAGGACAAGAGAGAGCAAUGGUGUUCGCAAGAGUCACAAGAAGACGAAUUCGUCGGCUAGAAUUAGUGCCCAGCUUGCCGAGCAGGACAAUGGGCGCAUUCAGGAAGAUGAUGAAGAAGGUGACAUUGAUGGCGACGAGCCCACGUACUGUUACUGCAAUAGCGUCAGCUACGGCGAAAUGGUGGCUUGCGAUUCAGACGACUGUGCUCGAGAAUGGUUCCAUCUUGCUUGUGUGGGAUUGAAGGUCGCACCCGGUUCAAAGACAAAAUGGUAUUGCGAAGACUGCAAAGAACGCCUCAAGCUCAAUGGCAAGAAGACUGGCUCUCGAUAGCAGAUGACAACGGACGUGGACGUGGGGAUGCUAAUCAAACAGAGAGAUGGCGGUGUUUUAUAUUUUGGUUAUGAUGAGGCGUUCAAUUUGAUCUAUGGCUUUGUAUCUGGACUGUUUGCUUUCUCUGCGUUUCAAUUGAGAGCAAAGAAGAUCACCAAUUGUGCAUAGUGGUUUGCUCAGGACUGAUGACGGCGUACAGCAUGGAUCGCAUGCUCUGUGGCUGUCUUUGUAUUCACAGAUUUUGCAGGAUCCUUGGUUUGUGGAAAAAGACAUUUCUUAUAAUUGCAUUUAUGUAUAGUCUAUUAUAGGCACUUCCCUAUUUAAAAUCGAGACGACUCAAGAAAUAGCUGUAUAGUGAAUCGUUCACCUGUGAAAGGUGUUUUGUGC